CAAAAAUGAUAUCCCAAGCCAAAGUUACCGUGGUAGCGCCCUUCGGCCGGACUUGCAAUGCUCCAACUUCGCUAAACCACCCACGGUGGGUUGACGCGCUACCACCAGGCUUCAUGAUGGAAAACCCACAAUUAUAAUUGGUGGCGCGCGGACCCACUCAGACUCGUGGGCCCAUGUGCACAGAAGCGGGUGCCCCGCAGCAGACGCAGAGCAGUGGCUACUUAGACGCCCGUGCUUUCUCAGAAAGUGUUGUUCCACAGUGAGCAAUGUUCAUACCUCAGGUUUCCAAUGCUCUCGAUCGUCGUACCCUCUAUUCAGGAAACGCCCCGCUCAGCGGUCAAAGUAAUUCGUACGGCUUCUCGCUCGACACCGGAGGCAUGGCUAGUUUCUUUGGUGGUGACGUGGCUGUGACUGCUAUGACCACCAUUCACUUGGAUCCUACCAGGCGAUGGCUGGGGUGGUACAAUUCCCCGGGCACCUACGAGGUGGCCAGACGCUAUGGCAGGAUUUCGGACUCUAGACUUCUUCAAGGUCUCUUCCCAGGGGUUCCAACCGAUCUCGCUACCCUGUUAGGGCUGGAAGGGUCAAAGGGGACAAAGUAUAUCGCCGCUCAUAGCGGAACAAUCCUGGAGGAGACGAGCCCCUUCUCCGCACUUCUUAUGAAGAAUUGUGCGCGAUAUUUAGACCCGAUCGAAAUCCACUGCAGAAAGACGCAGCCGAUAGCCAUCACCAUCAUUGAACUCGAACACUCCCCAAGCAAUCAAGCCGUGUUACGCACCUCCAUAUACCCUCCCAUCGCUGCCAGUGCACCCAUUCUAGCCAGCGUCGGCACGGCUGUCGCUUGUGGCGUAUUCCGAGAUUGGUUUUCCUUCUCCAUGAUCGUCCUCGGAAUGCUUGUCAAUGGCAUAUCGUGCAUCGUCAUUGGUGCAGGAGAAUUUAUUCUCCAAUACCCCAUUCCCCACGUGGACGGUCCUGGGGACGGCAUCCUUGUGUCGGAAAAGGACAAGGAAAUUAUCGUGUUGAAGGGUAAUGGGAGUUCGGUGUGUUGCAUCAACUCGGGCUCUGCCGCACUGCGUUUCAGGUGGCGGCGGUGGAUCAAGUGGUGUGCACUUCUCCUCGUCUUCCAGCUCAUUGUGCAAAUACUCCUCAUUCCACAAGGCACGCUUUUUGGCCAGAUCAUGUUCAUCGGCUCGCUCACCGUGUCUUGGGGCUACAAUUUGUGGCUCUCCUCCAAAAAUAAAGAGAAUAUUCAGGGAGAGGUCUUCGUCAGAGGUGUACUGCGCUGCCCCAGAUUCUGGAGGUACAGUCUUGGCACGCGGACCUCUGCGGUUGUGUUUACGCUUCUGGUUUUGAAACCCAAAGACCCAAGAAAAAUCCUGAAUAUGCUACUCCCUAACGAUACCCCUGUAUGGCUGAAAUUCAAGGAUGACAUCUUAUCACGGAUCCGUACUAAUCAACAGCUUCGCUUCGAGACCUCCGUUUGGGAUGCCUUAGCACCAGGGCCUGAUAAGGCACUGACAGAGUUACUGUACGGUGAUGCGGAAGCCGCAUACAACGGGUACCUUGAUCACCUUGCCCGCUCGGAUACGAAAGAUACAUCCUUAUAGACGGUUCACGGCAAGUAAUGGCUUCAUCCAAUGGUGUCACUAUCUCUGUAGCACUCGUUUGUACAUACCAGCCACCUUUUAUCGCUUGGGUAUCGUCGAUGCCGUAUGGACACUCGGGAGGCAGGUCUGCGGCUCUACUUCAUUACACGCCCAGCCCAUCCUCCACAUCAUUGAUGAUUGCUUGUACAUCGUUCACUGACCAUAUACACAACAACUCACCAUGCAACAGAUGUUACCACUCUUGCCCUAACAUUCAGCCACUACUACAGACUGUCGAUAGCAAAUCCCUUGGAAAAACACAAAUUUUACUUUCACUUGUAAAACUUCGUAACCAUGUACAUCACGUGCUUCCUCCAAUGGCGUCCAGGGGCGCCUGGAGGGCUGUGUUUGGGCUGUGUAUAUUGUUAUACAACUUGAGGGGUUCGAUCUCCUGAU